AUUGGGAUAUUCACAUUGUACAGAAACAGAGGUUAUUGAAUCCCUGGGAAUUAUUAUUUAUAAAGCAUUGGACUAUGGCUUGAAGGAAAAUGAAGAGAGGGAGCUGAGCCCUCCUCUAGAGCAGCUCAUCGACCAAAUGGCCAACACUGUGGAGGCUGAUGGUAACCACGAUGAGGGAUAUGAGGCUGCAGAUGAAGGCCCUGAGGAUGAAGAUGGAGAAAAGAGAAACAUCUCAGCUAUUCGGUCCUAUCAAGAUGUCAUGAAGAUAUGUGCCGCUCAUCUCCCAGCUGAGUCGGAGGCACCAAAUCAUUAUCAGGCAGUAUGUCGAGCACUGUUUGCAGAAACCAUGGAACUGCAUACAUUUCUGACCAAAAUUAAGAGUGCGAAGGAGAAUCUUAAGAAGAUUCAAGAAAUGGAAAAGACUGAUGAAUCUAGCACAGAUCUGGAGGACCUGAAAAAUGCAGACUGGGCACGAUUCUGGGUACAGGUGAUGCGGGAUUUGCGAAAUGGGGUCAAACUUAAGAAGGUCCAACAGCGGCAGUACAACCCGUUGCCCAUUGAGUACCAGCUUACCCCUUAUGAGAUGCUCAUGGAUGACAUUCGAAGCAAAAGAUACACCUUGAGGAAAGUAAUGGUCAAUGGUGACAUUCCCCCUCGGUUAAGAAAGAGUGCUCAUGAGAUCAUCCUUGACUUCAUCAGAUCAAGACCUCCUUUAAAUCCAGCAUCAGCCAGGAAAUUGAAACCAACCCCACCCCGACCACGAAGCCUCCAUGAAAGAAUAUUAGAAGAAAUUAAAGCAGAAAGAAAGCUGCGGCCUGUGUCACCAGAAGAAAUUAGGCGGAGCAGACUAGCAAUGCGGCCACUUAGCAUGUCUCACAGUUUUGACUUGUCAGACGUCACUACCCCAGAAUCUCCAAAGAAUGUUGGGGAAUCAUCAUUGGCGAAUGGAAGCUUAACAUCUCAAACAAAGGAAAAUGGACUGAGCGCUGCCCAGCCCGGGCCUGCGCAGCGGAAGAAACUGCUCAAAGCUCCAACCCUGGCUGAGCUGGACAGCUCUGACUCUGAGGAGGAAACUCUGCACAAGUCAACCAGCAGCAGCAGUGCAUCUCCCUCCCUCUAUGAGGACCCAGUAUUGGAGGCCAUGUGCGCAAGAAAGAAGCCUCCAAAAUUCUUGCCUAUCUCGUCAACACCCCAGCCAGAGAGACGGCAACCACCCCAGAGGCGCCAUUCCAUUGAAAAGGAAACACCUACCAACGUGAGGCAGUUUCUGCCACCAUCCAGGCAGAGCUCGCGCUCUCUUGUCCCUAGGAUAACCAGUGUAUGGCCAAGGACGCCUUUCCGACCGCUUUUCUCUACCAUACAAACAGCUUCUCUGCUGAGCUCUCAUCCUUUUGAAGCAGCCAUGUUUGGGGUAGCAGGGGCUAUGUAUUAUCUGUUUGAGAGAGCUUUUACCAGCAGGUGGAAACCCUCAAAGGAGGAAUUCUGCUACCCAGUGGAGUGCCUUGCUCUCACCGUGGAGGAAGUGAUGCACAUCCGUCAGGUCCUGGUGAAGGCUGAGCUGGAAAAGUACCAACAGUAUAAGGAUGUCUACACUGCCCUGAAAAAAGGAAAGCUCUGCUUCUGUUGCCGAACCCGGAGGUUUUCCUUCUUCACGUGGUCUUACACCUGUCAGUUCUGUAAGAGGCCCGUGUGCUCACAGUGUUGCAAAAAGAUGCGGCUGCCCUCCAAGCCAUAUUCCACUCUACCUAUCUUCUCGUUGGGACCUUCUGCCUUGCAAAGGGGGGAAAGUUGUACGAGGUCAGAAAAAUCCUCCACUGGUCACCAUAGGCCACUUCGGAGUAUCGCCAGGUUUUCCUCAAAAUCAAGGUCGGUGGACAAAUCAGAUGAAGAACUCCAGUUCCCUAAAGAAUUGAUGGAGGACUGGAGCACAAUGGAGGUCUGUGUAGACUGCAAAAAGUUCAUCUCUGAAAUCAUCAGCUCGAGCCGGCGCAGCCUGCUGCUGGCCAACAAAAGAGCCCGGUUGAAAAGGAAGACGCAGUCUUUCUACAUGUCCUCAGCGGGCCCCUCGGAGUACUGCCCCUCCGAAAGGACUAUCAAUGAGAUCUGAGCCCUGUGCCUUCCCCUUGCGUUUGUGUCCAGGGCAGCCUCGGUGCAGCCAUGCUGCAGGACUCUUCCCAGGGGUUUUCCUUAGCAGGCUCCAUCCGCAUCAGGUCAGGCUGUGCUGCACCUUGUGGCACUGACGCAAGGCUGUGUUCAUAUCUGUUGAUGGUACGAGGCAGGUCAGCCAGCUGUUCAUUUGCACUCAGAAAGCCUAAAACUUGAUUGUGUGUGUGAAUAGGGAAGCCAGACACUUCCUUAGUUCCGCUCCUCGAUGUUCUUCAGAUAAUUUCCUGACUAAGGCAAAAAGCUUCUUGUGUGUGAAGUCGGUCUGACAGAGUGUUGAUGUUAGCACAGUUCUAAGCAGUAAGUCAUAUUGGCAUUCCACUUGACAGUGUUCCUAUCCAUGUACAUAAUGGUCCAAAGCCCUGCCACACUCCGGCUCCCUGGGGUGGGCCAGGGUGGCUGUUCUCUCACAGCACAAACCUAGAAGGCCUUGCUCAUACUCUCCUCCUUUGGGGCUCUGGCUGCAUCCAGCGCAGAACAUCCAAGUGAGCCAUACAGGUGGCCACUUCUGUGAGUUGCUGGGUCUGCCCAGCUAUCAUGCCUCAGUGUCUCCCGAGCUGCUAACAGGCCUCCAUUCCCUGUUGUGAAUGUAUUAGGUUCUGAAUAGUUUUAUAAUACACAUUUGAGAAUUAAAAUUUUGUGGACGUUUGAGGAAAAAAGAAGACUAAAAUUUUGUCAAGCAGCUUAGUGUGUUGGUGAACUGUGACAGGUGUGGCUGCAGAGGGUGCCACAGAGAGGAGCCGCAGCUCAGACGGUUUCAGCAACAUUUUCCAUAAGUUUAUAGCGUGACCAUCAUGACUCAAUUAACCACAGUUUGGUACCUGAGACUCAAACUGAAGAUUAUUUUUAUAAAUGAAUUUAAAAAAAAAAAUCCUGACUCUUUAAAACUUCAAGAAAAUGAGCCUGCUGCCAUGCAUAAUUUUUGGAUGCUUUUGCACUAGUUGUCUUAUGAAUGCUCCUGAGCGUCUGAGCAAGGGCCGUUGGCAGGUAGUGUGGGUUCCUGUGACUCAAGCCAUUGUCUGUCCCUCGUUCCCAUAUGCUUAGAAAUAGCCAGGCAAUCAGAUUGCCACUAACGUCUGGAAAAUCAGUUAAGGCACAUGCACAGUAAUUCCUAAAAGCUAUUAAAAACGCUCUCAUAGUCACCAAACCGAUGGCAGCUCCAUUUAAUAAAGGGCAUGACAAUUGCAUUUCAUGCCAACAUCAAGGUAAAAUAACAUUUCUACAUUAAAUUGACAGCGACACCUCAGAAAUGCUCCCGUAGUCAUUUCUAAUGCAUUGAAAUUUAUAGUUUAGUAAAUGGCUUUAAAUUACUUAAAACUAACAAAAUAAACUUUACCAGUUGUCUAAAGUCAUGCAUGUUAGUAGUUCCUCUGUACUGCAUGUAGAAGUGGGCCACCAGAAUACCCUUACCAACUGCAUUCCAGCUGUUUUAAGACUGUUGUUUAAGAGCUAUAAGAAUUGCAUUGUGUGAAUCCCAGUUACAUAGUUUUCCCUGAGACCACUUGAACUUUACACGCUCUGGCCCCAGGCAUAAAUUCUUAAAAAAGCGGGGAGGAUGUCCUCCUGGAAGGGAGCAAGGAAGAAGGUACCUGUGUAGGUGUAUAAGCAUGCAUGUAGGGUGACCUGCUUCUGUAAAGCAGUGACUAACUAGUGUGUGACUUCCCACAGGAGACACUGAGUCCCAUUCACAUUCCCAAAUCAAUGACCUAGUAAAUCUCAUGGCUAUGACUUCAUUCCUUCAGGAUUAUGGUGCUGUGCAUAGUAAUUUGGGCAUCGUGAGCACUUUUCCUAGAGCAUCAGGAUGUAAAUCUUUCAGCACAUUAAUGGGAUUUACCAAGUGUGUGAAAAGAGUUCAAGUGUAUGCCAUGCUCAGUGAAACAACCUGCGAAGAAGUGGUGGGAAAAAAUGGCACAUGACAAGGUUGAGCUGGUAGAAUAAAAUUACUGCUGUUUGAGGAACACCAAAAUAAAUGUGUGUUUAGCUCUACCUUGUCUACAAGACAGACGCCCCUCCCCAGCUCUCGUUAAUCUAGGAUCCCAUUGGCUAAGCACUCCAGAGCUGGCUCAACUUGUGCUCAGCUUGCAUGUCAGUCCUAGCUGCCAGUAAUCAGCUUCCUGCCCUCUGGGAACCACACAUGCGGCCAUUCACCCUGCUUUCCUGCUGCGCUGCUGCUUUAGUUCAGCAGUUGUUUCUGGCUGACCCCAGAGUCCAAUGCAUCUCCUGAACACAUCUGGAUGUUGUCCCUCUUGACCCCGCUAGGUAUGAGCACCAGUUCCAUUGGUCCCACAGACCAUGAGGUCAGAGUAUGUAAGAAUGUUUGUAAAUAUUGUAACAUAUCCAUUAAUAUUUAAAAGGCAUUUGUUAUUGGCAAUGGGAAUUAGUUCUCCCAAGACAAGUAAAAAUUAAAUAAUUGAUUUGUACAUUGACUUAAUUACUAGAUUUCAAGUCUCAGUCCUUUCAAAUUAAACCAGAAAGUUGUUUUUACAGUCGUUCUAAAAACAAUCUGUGUUGAAGAGAUGUGUGGUGCUAUGUGUAGUACCAUGAACUCAACACUGCAAAGUUUGUAAGGUUUUUACUUUUCUAACUGCUAAUAGAGGACUGAAGUUUAGGGAAAUAUAGGAAACAUAAAAGUUUUGAAUUACAUUGCUGUUUGUUAAAAUAAAACAAAAAAUUUACACAUUGAA